UUGUUUCCCCUUCCUAAUAAUUGUUUUUGUUAUGCACAGACAGACAGACAGACAGUGAGGGAGAACGAGAGAGGUAGAAGAGCUUUUGCAGAAGGGCAAGUUUAAACCCUAGUGAGAUAAAAGUUGCAGAAAGGAGGUUUAACCCUCCAGGGCGAGAGAAAAGAGAAGAGCGAGCUUCUUGUUUGCUAUAUAUUUUGUUUUAUUUUUAUUUUGAAGAUUUUCUACUUGCGAAAUGAGGAUUUCAAAACCCUAGUUUGGGAAGGUAAUAAGAGAAAUUGAAUGGUUUUUUUCUUGUUCAGCUUCGAUUUCACUGUAGUGAGUCGAGACAGGGAAUUGAGUCCUCUAAGUAACCUUAAACCCUAGAGUAUUUAGUGGAGCAAAACAACCAAAAGUCAAGAUGAGGAUUAUGAUAAAGGGUGGUGUUUGGAAGAACACCGAAGAUGAGAUCCUUAAAGCGGCUGUUAUGAAAUAUGGGAAGAAUCAAUGGGCUCGAAUAUCUUCCCUUCUGGUCCGCAAGUCUGCGAAGCAGUGCAAGGCUCGAUGGUACGAGUGGCUCGAUCCAUCCAUAAAAAAGACCGAGUGGACCAGAGAAGAAGAUGAGAAACUGCUUCAUCUUGCUAAACUCAUGCCCACACAAUGGAGAACAAUUGCUCCCAUUGUGGGCCGUACUCCAUCUCAGUGCCUUGAGCGUUAUGAGAAACUACUUGAUGCGGCAUGUGUCAAGGAUGAAAACUAUGAACCCAGUGAUGACCCACGGAAAUUGCGCCCUGGAGAAAUUGACCCGAACCCAGAGUCCAAGCCUGCACGUCCAGAUCCUGUAGAUAUGGAUGAGGAUGAAAAGGAAAUGCUGUCUGAAGCACGGGCUCGAUUAGCUAACACAAGGGGAAAGAAGGCAAAGAGGAAAGCCAGAGAGAAACAACUUGAAGAAGCCAGGAGGCUUGCAUCUUUACAGAAACGGAGAGAAUUAAAGGCUGCUGGGAUUGAGACUAGACAAAGGAAGAGGAAAAGGAAGGGGAUAGACUACAACGCAGAGAUCCCCUUUGAGAAGAAGCCACCGCCUGGUUUUUUUGAUGUUACUGAUGAGGAGAGAGCAGUAGAGCAGCCCAAGUUCCCAACUACCAUUGAAGAACUUGAAGGGAAAAGGAGGGUUGAUAUUGAGGCUCAAUUGAGAAAGCAGGAUAUUGCAAAGAACAAAAUUGCACAACGGCAGGAUGCUCCAUCAUCUAUAUUGCAAGUCAACAGACUGAAUGAUCCAGAAACAGUUAGAAAGAGAUCAAAGCUGAUGCUUCCUGCACCACAGAUUUCAGACCACGAAUUGGAAGAAAUUGCAAAGAUGGGUUAUGCCAGUGAUCUUCUUGCAGGGAAUGAAGAGAUUGCAGAAGGCAGUGGUGCAACACGUGCACUUCUUGCAAAUUAUUCUCAGACUCCACGUCAGGGGAUGACACCAAUGCGGACUCCACAAAGAACACCUAGUGGGAAAGGAGAUGCUAUUAUGAUGGAAGCUGAAAACCUUGCAAGACUCAGAGAGUCACAGACACCAUUAUUAGGUGGGGAGAAUCCCGAAUUGCAUCCAUCAGAUUUUUCAGGGGUUACACCGAAGAAAAGGGAUAUCCAGACACCAAAUCCUAUGGCUACUCCUUUGUCAACUCCUGGACCCAUGGGUCUUACUCCAAGAAUUGGCAUGACACCAUCAAGAGAUGGAUAUUCUUUUGGUAUGACUCCAAAAGGAACACCUAUCAGAGAUGAGCUUCACAUAAACGAAGAUAUGGAUGUGARUGAUAAUGCAAAGCUUGAACAACGUAGACAGGCGGAGUUAAGAAGGAACUUGCGGUCUGGUUUAAGCAAUCUUCCACAGCCUAAGAACGAGUAUCAGAUAGUUGUUCAACCUGUUCCAGAGGAAAAUGAAGAGCCAGAGGAUAAGAUUGAAGAGGAUAUGUCAGAUAGAAUAGCUAGAGAAAAGGCUGAGGAAGAAGCAAGACAGCAAGCAUUGCUUCGAAAGAGAUCAAAAGUCUUGCAGAGGGAACUUCCUAGGCCUCCUGCUGCUUCAUUGGACCUUAUUAGGAAGUCUUUAAUGAGAUCUGAUGAAGACAAGAGUUCAUUUGUUCCUCCUACUUUAAUUGAGCAGGCUGAUGAAAUGAUAAGAAAGGAACUCCUAGUUUUGUUAGAGCAUGAUAAUGCCAAGUAUCCACUUGAUGUAGAGAAAGAGAAGAAGAAAGGAGCCAAGCGUGGAAAAUCUUCCAUUGCAGUCCCUGAAAUAGAAGAUUUAGAAGAAACUGAACUGAAAGAGGCUGAUUCUAUGAUACAGGAAGAGGUUCAGUUUCUUCGAGUGGCAAUGGGGCAUGAGGAUGAAUCAUUUGAGGAGUUUGUUGAAGCACAUAGAACAUGUCUAAAGGAUCUCAUGUAUUUCCCUACUCGCAAUGCUUAUGGUCUCUCUAGCGUUGCUGGGAAUAUGGAGAAGCUUGCAGCCAUGCAGAAUGAAUUUGAGAAUGUGAAAAAGAGGAUGGAUGAUGAAGCUAAGAAGGCACAACGCCUUGAGCAGAAGAUAAAGCUUCUCACGCAUGGAUAUCAGAUGCGUGCUGGGAAGCUUUGGUCACAAAUUGAGGAAACCUACAACAAGAUGGAUACUGCUGGAACAGAACUUGAGUGCUUCCAAGCUUUGCAAAAACAGGAGCAGAUGGCAGCAUCACACAGGAUCAACUGUCUUUUGCAGGAAGUGAAUAAGCAGCAGGAGCUUGAACAAAAUCUUCAAAGGCGCUAUGGGAAUUUAAUAGCCGAGCAGGAUAGAAUUCAGAGGCUUGUGGAUGAGUACAGACUGCAAGCACAAGUAGAGGAAGAACUUGCUGCAAAGAAACGAGCAGAGGAAGAAAUUGCAGCGAGGAAAUGUGCCGAGGAGGAAAUUGCAGCGAGGAAAUGUGCCGAGGAGGAAAUUGCAGCAAAGCUUUGUGAAGAGGAAGAAAUUGCAGCAAAGAAACGUGAGGAAGAAAUUGCAGCGAAGCUUUGUGAAGAGGAAGAAGUUGCUGAAAAGAAACAAGCAGAGGAAGAAACUGGAGCCAUCACUUAUGAAGAAGCAGUGAAGAAAUGUUCUCUCGAGUUAGAAUUUGCCACCAAUCAAACUGACAUGCAAAGCACAGAAUCUGUUGAACCUGUAGCCUCAGAACUUGGGGUUUCUGUACCAAAUAAUUUGCAUGGUGAAGCUGCAACAGAGCAAAUAGAUGCUUCCCAACACGAAGAAACUCAUACAAGCCCUGAGCACAUGGAUGUUGAUGGGCAGCCAGGGUCAGCUACAACCGGGAUUUCUGCUUCUGAGGGAGAACAGACAGCAUCCGCAGGUCAUGUGCCAAGUGAUCCUCGCCAGUUCAGUGGGGAUGGAAACAACCCAAGUGAUGUUUUGGUCCAAGGUGAUGGAGGUAAAGUUGCCACUGAUAAUGAUGAUUCCCAUUCCAUUUCAGUUGCAGAUGGGAUGGAGAUGAUGGUCGACUCUGGGAGCCAUACUGCUGAUGAUGCGGGGAAGGGUCUUGAUAUUGUGAAGGAUAUUAAUGAUGUACCUUGUAAUGGUCUGGAGAAAGUUCCCGUUGAUGGGCCAACUUCCCUGGAAACUGGGAACAAUCCAGAUGAUAAUUUGAGCGAACCAGCCAACAGCUUCCAGCAUGAUGAUGGGGAUAACGAGCCGGUUUCGUGCAUUGAAAUUAAUAUGGAUGGGAAUGAUGUGGAACCGGUUACAAUUAGUGGUGCGGACAGUAAGGAGUCCGUGCCCACUCCGGAUGGAGAUGCUGAACCAGUGGCUAAUAUUAACGAGUCUGAAGGUGCAAUUGCAAAGCCAGAUGGGGAGUGAUGAAGGAAUGGCGAAACCUGUGUCAAACAUUCUGAUGACGUUCCUGCCUUUCCUGGGAAUGGUGAAAUCAUCAAGCUGGAUUGAUUUGCAUUAUCUUUCGGAGGUCAUAAUGGUUUGUUGUCUGUCUGGUGGUUCCAGUAAUUUUUCCAUUUGGGUUUUGCAAAGGAUAUGUUACUUUUUUAUGUGGGGAACUGGUAUCUACUAUCUACAUAGCAUGGUCUCUUGCUUUUAAAAGGCAACAUCAGAGGAACAGAGGAAUCUUAAUAUUUUUGUUUACCAUGUAUUUGUAACGUCAUGAUUCAAAUGAGUUUGUGAUAACUGCGACUCAUCAGGAAAAGAAUGUUUGGUGGGGAAUUGGUUAAUUUUCCAUUUUAUAUGAACGAGAUUUCAUGUCA